UCAGCUCCGGUCAGUUCGGCAGCCGGUAGGAGUGAAGCUCGGACCUCUGGCCCCUUUUGCCCUGAUACGCCGUUCUGCUCCUUUAGCGUUGAGUUUAAAACGUGCACCAUGACGUUUGAUGUGCGGAGGUUCGAUAUCUACAGGAAGGUGCCCAAAGACCUCACCCAGCCCACAUACACUGGAGCCUUCAUCUCGAUCUGCUGCUGUGUAUUCAUGCUCUUCCUCUUCCUCUCCGAGCUGACGGGAUUCAUAGCCACAGAAAUAGUUAAUGAGCUCUAUGUGGAUGAUCCAGAUAAGGACAGUGGAGGGAAGAUUGAAGUGAGUUUAAACAUCAGUUUGCCAAACUUACACUGUGAUUUGGUGGGCUUGGAUAUCCAAGAUGAGAUGGGCAGACAUGAAGUGGGCCACAUAGACAACUCUAUGAAGGUGCCGCUCAACAACGGUUACGGCUGCCGCUUCGAGGGCGAAUUCACUAUUAAUAAAGUCCCUGGAAACUUCCACGUGUCCACACACAGCGCUACAGCACAGCCACAGAACCCUGACAUGACCCACAUCAUCCAUAAGCUCGCCUUCGGGGAGAAGCUUCAGGUCAAACACGUCCAAGGAGCCUUCAACGCUCUCGGCGGAGCCAACAGACUUCAGUCCAAUGCUCUGGCCUCACAUGAUUACAUCCUCAAGAUCGUCCCUACAGUGUAUGAGGACUUGUCAGGAAAGCAGAGGUUUUCCUAUCAGUACACCGUUGCGAACAAGGAAUACGUGGCCUACAGUCACACAGGACGCAUCAUCCCAGCCAUUUGGUUUCGUUAUGAUCUGAGUCCCAUCACUGUGAAAUACACAGAGAGGAGACAGCCGAUCUACCGCUUCAUUACCACAAUCUGUGCCAUUAUUGGCGGGACAUUUACAGUGGCUGGCAUUAUUGACUCCUGUAUAUUCACGGCCUCUGAGGCCUGGAAGAAAAUCCAGAUAGGCAAGAUGUCCUGAGUACCGACACAUUUGCCAGCACACGUCUUAUUUAUACCACGAUGACUGUCCACAUUUUCCACUGUACCACAUUAUAAGCCCAGUUUUCCCUUUAAGAAUUUUUUAGUAAGUCAUUCUAUCAGACCAGCUGCAGAUUCUCAGCAUGUCUUUUACACAAGUCAGAACUAAAAUGUUAGCCAGAUCAAGAGAUUGUGUUGCCAAACUUUUGCAUAGUUUAUAAAAUUGUUCUGUUUUGUUGCAUUUUUGUCCAUUUCUCAAUACAUGGGUUCACGGUUCCCUCCCUUCAGUAUGAAUGUUACAAAAGGCCAUCCAAAACACCACUUCUUGGUAAUUCCUUCUUGCUCAAAAAGUAUUUCAGCUUUGUCCGCUGAUAACAUUUGCCACAAUUUGUCAGUAUAUGAAGGUGUCCUGUAGAUUUACAGUUUGUCUAACGAGCAACACAUCCAUCAAUUAAAGACUACUGUACUUAGAUUAGUAUCCCAGAUUACAUAAAGCGGUUAAUAGGGGUGUAUUAUGUGAUUCAUUGCACAAAGAAAGUGUAAUACUGUAUGCAGUAUUGAUUAUUUUGAUUCACAUGAAAAACUCAUCAAAAAUUAAUUCUCUGUCUGCUUAGUUUAAAAAUUGGCCUAAUGUGCCUUAAAAGUGUUUUCAGAUGAUAGGAUUAGGUCAGUGGAGGUAAAGUCACCCAUAAAGUUUGGCAGAUUUUGAUGUUGAUGGUACUUUGUCUUUUGGUAAAUUGCAUAUAUUUGACGUUGGUUUAAGGGAAGUUAUUUGUAUUUUUGCCUACCAAAGCAUUUUUGAAUGAAGGUUUUUUUGGGUUUUUUUAAGUGUAUUUUACAUUGUAAAGGCAUUCUUUCGCUGGUUGGAUUUGGUAGCCGUUUUAUUUGCUCAUUUCAUGCUGUUUAAAAUGUUUGAGAAAUAGGUUGUGUGUUUUUGUUUACUGCCAAUCAAGGUUGUACCCUCAACCUGUAACCCAGACAAAUCAUUUCCAGUCACUCUUAGUGAUGUUAAAGAUUCCAGUGGAACGUGUUAAACUAGCAGAAGUUUCCGCUUGUGGAGCUUUGACUUCCAGACGAUGUGUUGCAGUGUUUGCCGCAGGUACACAUGGCAACAUGGAUGCAUCUUAACACAGAAAGCCACAACCAGUGUUCGGUUUUAACCAAUAGUGUCCCUUUAACGCAGCCAAACUGGAUCACUUAAAGGUGCUGGCAGAAACAUGAAUGCUAUACAUUUAAAAAUAGGAAUCAAAAAGCAAAACAUUAUGCCAAUAAAACGAUCAUACAGAUGUAUUGGCGCCAUGACUGACUUAUGGUGGCCUGUUAUGUUGCCAUGUGGACUUUUGCCCCAGUGUCUGCCACUGCUUUGUUUACUUGGGUCAGAUAAAAUAACACCAUGUGUGAAAAAUAACAGGCUGAUUCUGUUGUGCCAGAUUGUAUUUUGGUCAACUUGACCUCAAUUUUGUCAGGUCAUUGGUGUUUCUCAACCACUUCUUCUUUUCAUUCCUUUUUGAUUCAGGUCAAACAUGUAAAACGGAUAAAAAAUAAAAACGGAUUGGUUACUGUUGCUUA